AUGGCGUCGGCAGAAGCAGGACCCUCAUCAGCAUCUCCGCUCCUUCGUCUUCUCUCUGACCCUUCCUCGUCUACAUUGAUCAAGCAAGGAGCAGAAGCGAAAGUCUAUCGAAGCUAUCCCUGUGGUCCAGCCUCUUCCUCGUCGCCCCCAUCAUGGCUCCUCAAAUAUCGCUUUCCCAAGACGUACCGACACCCACAUCUCUCCCAGACAAUCACCGCACAGCGCACAGUAUCUGAGGCUCGAGCUCUAGUACGAUGUGCGCGAUAUGGCGUUGAAGUGCCGGUUGUGGAGCUCGUAGAUGAGAAGGAGGGGAUUCUGGCCCUCGAGUGGAUCGAGGGGGCUAGUGUCAGGGAGUGGUUAGGAGGAGGAGCAGAGGACGAUGAAAGCAGCGUGAGUACGCGAGGCGAAGUAUGCCUGCCAGCUACUCAUUGCACCAGGCUGAUCUCUCCCCUACCAUGUCCUUCAGUACAAUUGAUGACUGCAAUAGGCCAUCAACUAGCACUGAUGCACGCAGCGGACGUGAUACACGGCGACCUGACUACCUCCAACCUUAUGGUCCGCUCGACCCCCACCUCGUCAUUAUCAGCAUUCCGCGUAGUCCUAAUCGACUUCGGCCUCUCCUUCUCCUCGGCCUCGACCGAAGACAAAGCCGUAGACCUCUACGUACUGGAGCGGGCUUUUCUCUCUACCCACCCACACUCUGCUCACCUCUUCCAGAGAGUACUUGAGAGCUACGGCGAGAGGAUUGGACAACUUUGGCGGGACCCUUGGCGAGAUAUUCGCAAGCGGUUGGAUGAGGUGAGGAUGAGAGGUAGAAAGAGGAGCAUGGUCGGUUGA